UUAGUUUUGAUAUGAUAAAUAGUAUCGUUAAUACGCAAAACUAUUACAUAAAAUGGGUAAGAUGAAGAAAAAAAACUUAUCGGAAUCUGUACAACAAAAAAACAAGAAACAGUUUCAUCAAACAAACCCAUUUGAAAUACAGAUUAAUAGAGACAAACAAAAAGUAUUAGGUCGUAAGAGCAAAAAUGAUCGUGGACUUCCAGGAAUUUCGAGAGCAAAAGCUAUUAAUAGGCGUAAACAAAGCCUUCUGCAAGAAUAUAUAUUACAAGAUAAAAACAAUGUUUUUUUAGACAAACGUAUUGGUGAAAAGAAUUAUGCUAUGAACACAGAAGAUAAGGCAACAGCGAGGUUUGCCAUGGAACGCAUGAAAGCACAUAAAAGGGAUAAGAUUUUUAAUUUAAACGAUGAAGUAUUAACACAUAGAGGACAAACUCUUGAAGAGAUUGAGAAAUUUGAUGAUCCUAGGAGUGAUGACGAAUUUAGCGAUAACGAAAAUGUUAGUGGCAAGCUAGAUGAAAAUUUUGUACAAGAAGCUCAUUUUGGUGGAGGCAUUUUGUCGAAAGCAGAUUCGACGUUGUCUAGGAAAGAUUUAAUUGAUCAACUUAUUGCAGAAUCGAAAAAACAGAAGGCAGAAAAACAAAAAAUACGGAAGGAAACAAUAGGUCUCACAGAGAAACUUGAUUCUGAAUGGAAAGAUCUCUUACCCUUUAUGUCUGCUUCCAAAAAAUCUACCGAAAAUAUUGAUGAUACAACGAAGACUGAUGCUUAUGAUGUUGCUGUACGACAAUUGAAAUUUGAAGCUAGAGGUCAUCCAUCCGAGAAAUUGAAAUCGGAACAACAGAUUAUUCAAGAAGAAAAAGAGAAAUUGGAGAAACUUGAAGCUGACAGACUGGCAAGAAUGAAAGGAUUUGUCUGCGAUACUGGUAAUCAGUUCAAGCAUAAAUCUGCGGAUGAUCUCGAGGAUGGCUUUAUAAUGGAAACUAUUGAAGAUAAUGAUGACAUCGAUGAUUCAAUUAUUAUUGAUACCAACAUUAAUCAAGAAAGUAAUGAUGAAGAUGAUAAUGAUGAUAAGCAGACAGAAAAUAAAUCAGAAUACAUCACUGAUAAGGAAAGAGUUAAAAACAUAAAUACAAGAAAGGAUAGUAAAAAUCAAGAAAAAUAUUCAGAAUCUAAUACUAAAGAUAAGUCUGAUACAGAUUUUAAUGACAAAGAUUCAGAGAGUGGAAAUUCGAAUGAUGAGUCUGAAGAUGAUUUCUCAGAUUUAAAAAUGUCUGAAUCAUCUUGUGAAGAUGAAAGUGAAACAGAAGUUGUAAAUGAAAGUAAAAAACGUGUUAUGUUUAGUAACGAUUCGACAAAAGAUCCUAAACAGAUAAAUCAGUCGAAUAAGAUUAAUCAUAAAUCAAUACUGAAACAAAGUAACAGUACACAUGUACAAAAUUCAUGUGACAAAAUACAGCAGAUCAGAAACGAUCUUUCAAAGCAAAAAGAGAUAAUGGAAAAAGCACGGAACGAAUUAUCUUAUACAUACAGUGCUCCAGAGAGUUAUGAAGAGUUAGAAAAGUUGUUAAGUCACUAUAAUGCAGAUUAUCAGUCAGUAAUUGUAGAUCGUAUUAUAAAAUGUAAUCAUUGGACAUUAGAUGGCAGAAACAGAGAAAAAAUGUCAAGUUUAUUUGUAUAUUUAUUACAAUAUAUAAACAACUGUGCUUCUACAGAAAGUGCUGAUGAUUUAAUUAAAUGUUUUCAAAUCUUUGACAGAUUAUGUCCUUAUCUUUAUGAUUUAGCACAUAUGAAUUCAGAGAAUGCUAAAAUCUGUAUACAAGAAGUAAUCGAGGAGAAAUAUAAUAAAUUUGAAAAAAAUAAGACAAAAUUUCCUGGCAUGGACACGCUUAUAUUCUUUAAAUUGGUGUCCUUGUUGUUUCCAACAUCUGACUUCAGACAUCCAAUUGUUAGUCCUUGUUUAAUAUUUAUGUCGCAAAUAUUAAUUCAAGCUCGUAUAAAAAAAUACCGAAGUGAUAUUUCGAAAGGUCUUUUUAUAUGCACCCUUAUUUUAGAAUAUACAAUAUUAAGCAAGCGAUUUGCACCGUCUGUGAUUAAUUUCUUACGAGGCAUCAUCUACAUAACAACUCCUGCAGUCUUGACACAAAAUAUGAAAAUUAUUCCCCCAUUUAAAACUACAAAUAAAGUUCUGGUAGUCAAUAAAGCCGCUAAUACAAUUGAUUCAAACAGCACACAUAUGUUUGCAAGUGAUUUAAUCCACGAAAAAUUAGAUGAUAUUUUUCGAAUAAGAUCUUUGUUAACUGCAGUCAAUCUACUUAUCGAAUUUAAAAAUCAGCUUCAAGAAUUAGAAUCAGCAUAUUCAAUAUUUGAGCACAUUCUUCAAUUGUUAAAAAUAAAUGAAUUCAACCAGUAUCCACCAUACGUAAGAGAUCGUAUAAAAGAACUGGUUACGGAACUCGAAUUUCUACAAAAUAAAAAACUGGAAUAUAUUGUGCAAGAAAAGAAAAGGCCGAAACCUUUAAAAACUUAUGAACCAAAAAUAAUGGCAAUAUAUAGUGGGAAACGAAACAAAUCCAUGUCUAAGGAGAAAGCAGAAAGAGAAAAACUAUUGCAUAAAUAUAAAAGAGAGUUUAAGGGUGCAAUUCGUGAAAUUAGAAAAGAUCGUGAUUUCUUAGCUAAAGUACAAAUCGGACAGCAAAUUAAGAGCGAUAUCAUACGCAGACAAAAAAUAAAUAAAAUUUUUGGUGAAGCUGCUAAUCAGCAGAGCGAAUUUAAGAAAAUGAAAAAAAGAAAGUAAGAUAUCGAAAAAGUGUAAAUAUGAUACAUAAUUUCAUUCUC